AUCAACAACUUCCUAAUAUAUUGCUUUUACUUGCAAGUCAUCUACUAAUAUAAUUAGGUUAGGUUACUCUUCUUGUGUAUGCUAACCUUCCUUUGACAUCACCAUAAGGAUGAUGUAGCUUACAAACAAGGUGUACAAAAAAUCAACCAACUUAAUGAGGUGGUUUUCUACUUCGAAUCUGUUAAAGAUCUUCAUAGCCCCCAUGCCUCAUUAUGAAACCACCCUUAUAGUCUAAACUAGUGUCCAUCCUACAAAAGCUAGACCAUUUGGCUUCUACCACGCACCUCUUAAGUAAUUUCCAAUACAAUUUCAUUAGAGCUGAAAGCUACCAUGUGCAUGCGUGUUGACAAUUGCCUUAUCUUUUCCUCUAAGAUUCAUAUAAAUACCCAUCCCUCUUGUUUUGGCUCCCAAUCCAUAUUGCCCUUCUCAACAGAACAUAAAACAAAACCCUCAUUCCUUACGCCUUUCCUUAAUUAAUGUCACCUUUGCUCCUUUCUCACUAUAUAGAUGACACCUUUAUUCCUUCACACUCCCAAUAGCUAAAGCCACCACCAAGUUAUAGACUCUAGCUCCUUGGCUCUUGGACAAAAAUGGGCAACUGUUUUGUUCUUUGCAGAAUCAGUACUGCUUCUCGGAUUGUUUCUGAGGAUGUUGCGCCGAAGCAAGGAAAAGUUGUGAAGGUUCUGAAGAUGGACGGGAAAGUUUUAGAAUUCAGGGCACCUAUUCUUGUCAAGAAUGUCUUGUUGAGCUUUUCAGGCUCUGCAGGUAUAGGUGUAUCAAAGCAAUUAGCUUCAGAACAUCUCCCUGCAAAUUAUGAACUGAAGUUAGGGAAGUUUUACUAUAUGGUUCCUCUUCUUGGUUCUGUUACAAAAAACAACAGGACAGCUUCUGCUACAACAAGAAGGAUUAAAAUUGUAAUAACUAGGCAACAGCUUCAGGAGCUUUUGACAAACCAAGUAUCAGUCCAGAAGUUACUUUCAUUUUCAGGGCCGGAAAUUAAACCGUGUAAUUUGGUUGAUCCUUCCACAAAUUGGAAGCCUAAGCUUCAGGUCAUCCCUGAAGGAAGUGAGCACUGAACGUCACAACUAGAUAAUAGAGGCAUAAGGCACACCAGGUUGGUUAAUUGUAAUGUAUAAUGUAACUUAUGGGAUUGAAUUGUACUCAUCAACUUUGCAAUCAACACGUUUUUCACCUUAAUUAUUUAUAUU